AUGCCAAGAUCCUUUCUCGUAAAGAAAACGACGCAAAACUCCAAUCUGAAAAAGAGGACUUUCGAUGUUGGGAAUUCCUCAGUGGAAGCAACCUCACUCAGUUCUCAAGGUUAGUCCAGGAAGCUAUUUCUUAAUGCAUAGAGUUUUCCUUUGUGGUUUUUUCGACUAUGUAUCUAUCACCCUUCAAACGAAAAACGUUGAUGCGAGUAUGAAAAAAAGAAGAAGAAAACAGAAGAAAAGAACACUGGUAAAACGAUAUAAAUGAACCUCUGGUCUCAAAAAUUUGCUCUAGAUCUACUGAUUCACGAUAUCAGUUCUCCUCCGCAAGUUUCAUGUGCGAGCUUGGAGGUAGCUCAGAGUAAGACCGCGUGGUUACAGACAGUCUUCAAACCUUUAUACUUAAGAGUUAUGAUUUUUAAGAGGAAAACUGAUACUUAAUGGUUCCCUCGGCCUUGUCUGGAAUCCAAAUUUGCUAUAAUUACGCACUUAAAGAUUUAUUUGAAAGCCAAGUGCACCACCAUGACAAGUUUUUGACGAAAGAGCGCAUUGAACGCAUGAGAAGAUCAACUGCGAGAGCGGAUUUUCUUCUGAUAAACGAAAGUUCUGAAAAAGUAAUUAAAAGCGAGCGGUUCCAUUUUAGGUAACUAAUAUUAGCGUGACAAACUACGAAUUAAUUUUGAGAAGAAAGUAUUUUAGGUUCUGUUCCACCUACGACUGUUAAUGAAAAGAGAUUAUCCUGAAAAAAAAAUUCUAUGUUUUCUUUUUAACAAAAUCCUUUUCAAUUGAUAGUUACUUAAAAUCAGAACUGUUUUCAUCGAAAGAGGAACUGUUUACUUCUAUGAUAGAUAAAGAAAUUCUCGCCACUGGCUGAUAAGGCAAUGUGCGCCAGUUAGAGAGGAGAAUCAACUCUUUGGUCUCGGUGGAGAAUAGGUUGAUAUCAAAUUAAAUGUAAGCCGAUUUUUCAGUUUAUCCAUUCGGUUAAAUAAAGUUCAUUAAAAAAUAAACCGGUUUAAAGGAUAAGCCGCCUAACGUUUCUGGUUUCAUACCAUAUCUUAAACAAUGACUAAAUUUUUAAUUUAAUUUCAAAGAAAAAUCAAAAGAUUUCCUCGAACGAUUUGAAACGGUUCCAAAGAAUAUUUUACCACUAUUCACAGAAGUGGAGGUAAAAAACUGUUUUGGUAUACAUGUACACUAAAAAGGUUAGAUAACAUAAACACACACACACACACAAAAAAAAUCAUUUUAACUCAUUUAUUUGUGCAAUAUUUUAUUACAAUUUUUUCGGGCGAAAAUCGCGCGCGCUUAGCUCAGAGGUGAAUAACCAAGGAUAUUCAGAGUUUGAGUAACCAAUCAGAGCAGAUAUUUGAUAUUUGACAUUUUUUAAAAAAUUGUUAACAUAGUUAACACUUUCACUCCCAGAUCUCAUUAGCAAUUCUCAUAACUGUCUACCUUACAAUUAUUUUGAUAGUAGUUUGGGGAAUUGAAAUCUUUCCUUAUUCUCAUCGCUUGUCUGCUUGAUAUGGUAUCGAUAUUUAAGGAGAAAUUCUGUCUUGGUCACUUAUGGAGUUAAAAGGGAUACCUCAACGACCCCUUUUACUCCAACAGUUGCAAUCACUUAUUGAAAGAAUAAACCACCAUCUGUGCUUUUUCAUUCACCAGUUAUAGAAUGAAAACCAACCAUGUCCUCAGCCUAGAUGCGAGCGUUUUCUAACUUAGUACAAACCAUGUCCUCAGCCUAGAUGCGAGCGUUUUCUAACUUCGAAGGCUCUUCGAAGAAAAAAAAUAGCAUGGAAUGCACUCUUCCAUCGAAAAUAUUUUCAGGGUUUUAUAUUUGUGUGCUUCCACAUGCAACAUGCUCCUAGAUAAAGCGCCCAGUUUUUUCUACCUAUGUUUAAUACCCUUUAACCUCUCAGAGUGACUGACAUCUAAUUUCUCCUCAACAUAUCACCUCUGAAUCAAACACUAAGGUAACGAGAACAAAGGAAAUGAUCACCAAGCAAGGAACUCUUAAUUGCUCAAAGGAAAAUUCUCCUUAUCAGCACCUUAAGAAUUUAUGGAGAUUAGUGUGGAGAAUGUUCAUGCUGAUGUUAGGCUGAAAAUAUUGGUUCAUGGAAAAUUAUUUUAGAAAUCUUUACUCCACGGUAGUCCAACAGAAGCAACUUACAUUUUCCUAUUCUUUAUCUGUACAGAAGAAGCAUUCAUCGAAAAGCUGCCGCAUGCUGAAGUAAAAGCGACCGAGAUCGAAGACCCUCACACAGUUGACAUCCAAGGCCCUUUCCUGAAAGAGAGAGGGUUGGAAUUGAAUCAUUUUCAAAAGUCCUCAAAUCUUGAGUUUCACCAAUCAAAGGAGAGAAUUUUCACAGCCAAUCAGAGCGCCUUCCAGUACCUCAGCGCACCCAUGAAGGUUGAGCGCGACUCUAGUGAUAUAAACUUUCACGGUGAAACCGUUGAUGACGUACAACUGUUAAAGUCAAACAGCACUUUUGUACCGUUAAGAAUAAAACAAGAAGUCAGGGAUGGUGGAGACGAUUUACAAGACAUAGAAUUGGAGAGAGAUGGCUGGGAAGGUCAUGUUACUGAAAGCAUUUCACGAGAGUUCUUUAACGAAAAAUUGGUGCGCCAUCAAUCAGAUGUGGACAACAGUGUCUCACAAUGCAACUCUGCCUUAAGUGUCAACUUCGAAGAGGAUGGAGACGGAAAGUUCGAACUGUCUUCUUUCCUUCAAUUCAGCGACCUCGGUAGAUUUGUAAAACAAGAGAAAACAUCAGCAGUUCUUCCCGAGUAUUCCACGUUCCUCCCGUCAAGUUCUGAAGAAGAUUUGAAACUGGGUCCGCAGAAUGGCGAAACUGCAAGCAAUGUAGAGACGAAUUUGCAACAAAAACCUGCCAAGACAAAUGCUUCCUCCAGCAAGAAAUACCGCUACACUUGUGAUGUAUGCGACAAAUCUUUCAGCCGCUCGAAUACGUUAACGACUCAUAAACGCAUCCACACUGGAGAUAAACCAUUUAUCUGUGAGCAGUGUGGCCGCGCCUUCAGGCAGCCGGGAAACCUGACACGUCACCGACUGACGCACACCACCGUAAAACCGUACGUGUGCGUGCAGUGCAACAAAGCCUUCAACCGUGCGUCUAACUUGCAUACACAUAUGCGCACGCAUACUAAUUACAAGCCAUUUGUGUGCGACUUCUGCGGAAAGGGAUUCCAUCAGAAAAUUGACAUGAAGAUCCAUCGCUACACUCACACGGGAGAGAAGCCCCACAAGUGCGACAAAUGUGGGCGGGGCUUCAAGCAGUUGACACAUUUGACGUACCAUCUGAGAACCCAUUCCGAGAUGCGCAUGUACCAGUGCGAGUAUUGUGGAAAGGGUUUUAACCAGAAGGGAAACUUGCAGGCUCACAUCUAUGGCCAUACCGGUGAACGGCCUUUCAAAUGCCAGAUCUGUGGGAAAGGAUUUACACUGGCUUCCACUUUGAACACGCACAAGAGAACACACGCUCCAAAGAAACCUUUCCAAUGUCAGUUUUGUAGUAAAGCAUUUUAUCAAAAGAACGCCCUAAAGACGCACUAUAUUGCAUCGCAUCCAUAUGCCAACGGAGUGAGCCUUCUUUAA